UUCGACGUCGCUGCACACCCCCGGAAUCAAUAAUCGCGUUGCAUAAGCGACGAGAACGUCCGUUGCGAGCCGCGUGCCCUUAUCCUCGUCGCCGUCAUCGUCAUCGUCAUCGUCGGAUAUUCGUUUAGUGUCCUGACACGCGGCCGCGCGGUAUCGAUUGCGUCCGCGUUUCGAUUCCCGGAGCACCGCUGUGUGGAAUCGAGGAGCUGCUGCCUGUCGUGCACGCACGGCCGUCGUGCAACGAUGUGCGCUACACGCCUCGCGACGCCGUUGGCCCUCCAAUCACUUGGAGGCCAGUGGAGCAGCGACGCCAGAGAAUAAUACGAGCUGUGGUAGCCUUGCGGAAGCGUACCAGUAGUUGGCUUCGGCCAACGAGGGCAACAGGGAUAUCAUGGCGACGAUAGACGGCCGGCCGGCCCAAUAUGGUAUCACGCUUAAGCAACUCCGCGAGCUCAUGGAGUUCCGGGGUCGCGAAGGUGUCAACAAAAUCAAUGGCCACGGUGGUGUGCAGGAGAUUUGUAAAAAGCUGUAUACUUCACCCAAUGAAGGUCUUAGUGGGUCAGCAGCGGACAUACAACAUAGGCGAGAUACAUUUGGUUCCAAUAUGAUACCUCCAAAACCACCAAAAACAUUUUUACAGUUAGUAUGGGAAGCAUUGCAAGAUGUCACGUUAAUCAUCUUAGAAGUAGCAGCAUUGGUUUCAUUAGGUCUUAGCUUUUAUCAGCCUGGUGAUGAUGAGGAAAGACCUGCUUCAGCUGCAAUGGAUGAGGACGAAGCAAAAUACGGUUGGAUUGAAGGACUCGCUAUAUUGAUUUCUGUAAUUGUGGUGGUCAUAGUGACGGCGUUUAAUGACUAUUCCAAGGAGAGGCAGUUUAGAGGUCUUCAAAGUCGGAUAGAGGGAGAACACAAGUUCUCGGUUAUACGGCAAGGAGAAGUAAAACAAAUCUCCGUGUCUGACAUUGUUGUGGGUGACAUUUGUCAGGUAAAAUAUGGAGAUCUCUUGCCUGCAGACGGUAUUCUUAUACAAAGCAAUGAUCUCAAAGUGGAUGAAUCCAGUCUGACCGGAGAGUCAGAUCAUGUAAAGAAAGGGGAAUCGUUCGAUCCUAUGGUACUUUCAGGUACGCACGUGAUGGAGGGUUCCGGAAAAAUGUUAGUUGCUGCAGUAGGUGUUAACUCCCAGGCAGGUAUUAUCUUUACCUUACUGGGUGCUGCUGUUGAUCAACAGGAGCAAGAAAUCAAGAAAAUGAAGAAAGAGGCUAAAAAGCAGCGGAAGAAGAAGUCAUUACCAGGAGAGGAGUCGGUAGAGAUUACCGGGAACAGUCACGUGACGGGAGGCGGUGGAGGAGGCGGCGGCGGCGGUGGCGGCGGUGGUGGUGGCGGUGGCGGCGUCAAGCACGAGGGCGGCGAGAACCAUCACACGGCCGCACCCGUGAGCGCCGAGGGGAGCGGGAAGAAAGAGAAGAGUGUUCUGCAAGCCAAGCUAACUAAACUCGCCAUACAGAUCGGUUACGCCGGCUCGACCAUCGCGGUGCUCACUGUCGUCAUUCUAAUCAUACAGUUCUGCGUGAAGACCUUCGUCAUGGAGGGCAAGCCGUGGCGAAACAUAUACGUCGGUGAUCUGGUGCGGCAUCUGAUCAUCGGUGUCACGGUGCUCGUAGUCGCUGUACCCGAGGGUCUUCCUCUAGCCGUCACCUUGUCGCUCGCUUAUUCUGUCAAGAAAAUGAUGAAGGACAACAACCUGGUGCGUCACUUGGACGCCUGCGAGACGAUGGGUAACGCCACCGCCAUUUGCUCGGACAAGACCGGCACCCUGACCACGAACCGCAUGACCGUGGUACAGUCGUACAUAUGUGAGAAGAUGUGCAAGACGACGCCGAAUUUCUCGGACAUACCGAGCCAUGUCGGCGAGCUGAUCAUACAAGCCAUCUCCAUCGAUUCGGCGUACACGUCGCGGAUAAUGGAUCCGCCGGAACCUACUGAAUUGCCGAUGCAGGUUGGCAACAAAACCGAAUGUGCCUUACUUGGAUUUGUAUUAGCCCUGGGCAAGAAAUAUCAAACUGUGCGGGACGACUAUCCUGAGGAAACCUUUACGCGGGUGUAUACGUUUAAUAGCGUAAGAAAGAGCAUGUCCACUGUUAUCCCUAGAAAGGGUGGUGGAUUCAGGCUCUUCACCAAGGGCGCUUCCGAGAUCAUCAUGAAGAAAUGUGCCUUUAUAUAUGGUCGCGAGGGUCAUCUGGAGACGUUUACCAGAGAUAUGCAAGAUCGUCUAGUGAAGAAUGUGAUCGAACCCAUGGCAUGCAACGGGCUGCGUACCAUCUCCAUCGCUUAUCGUGAUUUUGUUCCUGGUAAGGCGGAGAUUAAUCAAGUUCACAUCGACAACGAGCCCAAUUGGGACGACGAGGAUAAUCUAGUGAACAACCUCACCUGCCUGUGCAUCGUCGGUAUCGAGGAUCCGGUACGUGCCGAGGUACCGGAGGCGAUCAGAAAAUGCCAAAAGGCCGGUAUCACUGUGCGCAUGGUUACGGGUGACAAUAUAAACACCGCGCGGUCCAUCGCGCUCAAAUGUGGUAUCCUAAAGCCGAACGAAGACUUCCUCAUUCUGGAGGGCAAGGAGUUCAACCGCAGGAUCAGAGAUAGCAACGGCGAGGUGCAGCAACAUUUACUGGACAAAGUGUGGCCGAAACUGCGAGUAUUGGCCAGAUCGUCGCCCACCGACAAAUAUACCUUGGUGAAGGGCAUCAUUGACAGCAAGGCAACCGAGAGUCGCGAGGUCGUGGCGGUAACCGGUGACGGCACGAACGACGGUCCGGCCUUAAAAAAGGCCGACGUCGGUUUUGCCAUGGGUAUCGCCGGCACGGACGUCGCCAAAGAGGCGUCCGACAUCAUCCUGACAGAUGAUAAUUUCUCGUCGAUCGUGAAAGCGGUUAUGUGGGGCAGAAACGUUUACGACAGCAUCGCCAAGUUUCUGCAGUUUCAACUAACCGUCAACGUGGUCGCCGUGAUUGUCGCCUUCAUCGGUGCUUGUGCCGUGCAGGACUCGCCGCUCAAGGCGGUGCAGAUGUUGUGGGUAAACCUAAUCAUGGACACGUUAGCGUCCCUCGCCUUGGCCACCGAAUUGCCUACGCCCGAUCUACUCCUCCGUAGACCAUACGGUCGCACAAAACCACUCAUUUCCAGGACAAUGAUGAAAAAUAUUCUCGGUCAGGCCUUUUAUCAGUUGGGCGUAAUUUUCUCGCUUCUUUUCGCCGGUGACCUGAUGCUCGACAUCGACACGGGCCGCGGAGUGGCGGCGACGGGCGGCGGACCCACGCAACACUUCACCGUCAUUUUCAACACGUUCGUCAUGAUGACUCUCUUCAACGAAUUCAACGCCAGGAAAAUUCAUGGUCAACGCAAUGUCUUCCAGGGAAUAUUCACCAACCCCAUCUUCUAUUCGAUUUGGGUCGGCACGUGUGUCUCGCAAGUGAUCAUCAUACAAUACGGUAAAAUGGCAUUCAGCACCAGAGCGCUCACGUUAGACCAGUGGUUGUGGUGCCUGUUCUUCGGAAUCGGUACGCUAAUAUGGGGCCAAAUAGUUACGACUAUUCCUACACGCCGAAUUCCCAAAAUUCUUUCAUGGGGCCGCGGCCAGCCGGAUGAUAUCGGUGCGAUCAAUCUAGGAGACGAGAAAUACGACCCCGACUCGGAUAAAAAGCCGCGCGCAGGACAAAUUCUAUGGAUCCGUGGUCUAACACGGCUACAGACACAGACGAGCAAUAGAACUCUGGUGCAGAAUGUAUCUGUGACAGGCAGAUCCCCUUCUCAGGAUUACUACAUGCUUCGAGUAAUCAGAGCGUUCAAGUCGACUCUGGAAGAUCUGGAGGAGCGUCGCUCUGUCCAUAGUUUACACAGCUUACACAGUAUGCGCAGUUCACGCAGCCACACCGGGCCCCGACCACUCUCUGACUUCACAUACAUUGACGAAGACCCGACAAACACCACCACCACCACCGCGCAGAACGUCGCCUACAAGUCCUCUAAUAGGAGUGCUGAGCCGAUGAUGAGUCAGGAUUACGAGACAAACUACAGAGGACCCUCCAGGAUGCAACAGUCCCUCAACAGCCCCGCCUCGCCGUUGUUGCUGACCGUGACCGGACCGGCCAACGCGUACAAUCAUCAUUACACCAUCACCAAUACCAUCACCGACAAUAGAUCCCCUUCUAGUAACGCCCUUAAUCAGCCCCUGAGUCCCAACCAUAUGGCGCCGAUGAGCAGCAAUAGAGACAACACCGGGAAUUCCCUGCUUCUGAGUUCCAACAACCUGGUCCUACCGGAGCUGACUAAGCUCGUGCACGAGACCAGCAUCUAAAGAUUUCUUCUCUCUUCUCUAUGUAUUUCAUUCCAUCCCCUUCCAUCCCUCUCCAUAUCUUCUCUAUUUUGUUUCAGUGUCGUCGAUUCGCGAGCUUUGUCAUUUAACUUUAUCGCCCUCCCUCCCCGCCAUUUCUUGCUUCGAAUCUAUCUGUUCAUCCCCUAAUUCGUUCUUCUCUCUCUACUAUGUAGAGGGACUUGUAUAUAUUCUGUCCCUGUAAUCUCUCGCUCUCGUAUGUUUCGCGAGAUCUCGCUCGAUCCUGCGACCUUGUCUCAUUCGAUCGGUAAAGAGAAGGCAGUAUCAUCCACGUCCACGUAAACGAUAUGGACACACUCUCGUUUACGCGUUCACCAUCUACUUCUUCUCUGCUUUCAAGAUACGUCAUCAUCCGUCUCUAUUUCCGCCAUCUCUUUUCCGAGAGCGUACUUACCGAACGAUCUUGCUCGUUUCGGUCGCCGAGUUCUCUGUCCCCCUUGACUCUUUCUCUCUUCCGCCGUCCUUCUCCGCCCCUUCGACGAAAAACUUUUUGCCACUCGCUCAACGGGGACGGCGGACCUGAUCUGAUCUCAAAGGGGUCGAAACGCGCCGAUUUGGAGGAUAUGCCUACACACACGAACAAGGCGCGACAUUCGCAAAUCGCGAGCUCUUGCUAAAAUUGUACUUAAGGCGCGAAUGUGACUCGGAGAGGAUAAAAAAGGAAGGAAUUGGUUGUCGAAACGAAAAGAGAUUUUUUUCCGCGGAUAUCGCGAUAGUUUGCGAAUGGCACGUUCUCGUGCAUAGGCUGUAUACACUCAGAUAGUAUACAGGGGUCCCGCUUUCAACUGCUUCUUUCCCGUACCCCGACUCUGUGUUCACCGGGUGAAAGUACUAUUUUCGCAUUUAUAGGGUAGCGUUCUGGAGUUCAUUGUUCGUUGAACGACGGGCUGCGACGCGACUGUGCGAGCUGUAAAAAAGAAGCGAAAGCGGAAUCUAACUGCGAGGUGUGUUACUAAUUGCCACGCAGCUUGCGAAACAAUACUCUCAGACUUCUAAUUAACACUAUUUAACUAGUUACUCUCUGUGGCAAUUAAUUAUGUCUUUUAUUACGUCGUAGCCUGACGGUAGAUUUUUGUCUCAAGUAGCGUAUUAAGUAGAAAAAUAUUCCCAAAUGCUACCACAAGAUAUUAACAAACCGGAUAUUCACUUUUUUGAGAGUUUUAAGAGAGUCUAGAUAAAGAUUUUAUAUGUUUCGUUGAAAAAUGGCAACGAACAGCAAACUGUCGCAGCCCGUGUAAAGUCUGAUAUUAAAUAUAAACGACCAAAUCGAUUAUCUCGGAAGGAUGACGGUUGUAUGUCUGUACAUGAAAAUAGUAUUUUAUCCGUAUACUUGACAAACGUAGACGGCGCUUAAGUGCUUGUCCGCUUAUCAACCGACCUCGUACAACCGUUUACUUAUUUAUCUACUUGUCUUAUACUACUGACCAAUAAUUGGUGACAAAAUGACUAAAAGUUAACUUCUACUUAAGUCUUUAUCUUACAGAAAAAAAAUCUAAGAAAAUUUCCAACUCUUUCCAACUUCCACUUUACAACAAAAGACUAUUUUUAGUUGAACGAUAAGAGUAUACUAUUAACAAAUUUUAUCGUAUAUCUCGCGCGAAUAUAUUAAAGAUAAAAUAUUUCUUUCUAAAUUAAUUAUGUGACCGGAAAAACUAACAACAGAAUCGAUAUAAUACUCGUAUAUAAUAUUUCUUUCUUUUGGAAGUCUCUUUACUUGAACGUUCGCCAAUUUGACGGUCAGCAGUGAUCACCCGUCACUCGUUUGCUUGCCUGUUUGGGAUUGAAUGUGAAUGUGUCUGUUCUUUCGAUGAUUGCGCGAUGUGACCGAUGACGAUCCAUUGGAUCGUCAAGGACGACGAUGACGUCACCGACGACAAUCUACCUCGACAGAGAUAAAUUAGUUCCUCGCGGACUAACACUUCUAACUGCCCUCCGCGAGCGCGACUAACAAUGAAGAGAAACUAUCUUCCGCCCCCGGCCCAAGGGAGAAUAAUAGACGCGCGUUUCGGCGUCGCUCGAGCGACAGUAAUCGCUCGAUUCGCGAUCGACAAUCGAAAGGUAUCCGAGAAGGUGUCCAUUUACCACGAAUCUUCUCGCGUAUACGCGACUCGAGGCUGAAUGUACUUACAUCUUCACCAUCACGCCUCGAUCUCUUCUAUCUUCACAGCUUCACCGUCAUUCUCGCGAGCGGGCCUGGUUCUACGUGUCGCUGGUCCUCAAGCAGAAAAUCAAGAACAAUUAGAUCUAAGAAUGCAAAACCGAAUGUAAAAUCUCAUAAAUUUUGAUAAGAAACAUCCAAUUUUAAUCGGAGUUAAUUUUUAAAAAAUGUAUUCUAUUUUUUUUAACUUAUAAAUUUCAGAAAUAUAUUAAUGUUUAAUUUGUAAUAUCUUAAAUUAUCCUUAAUCUACAGCUUCUAAAUGUGCCAUAGAGAAAACAAAUAUCCUAAAUAGAAGUAACUCAUUAUUUCUCAUUUUUAUCUUUAUCAAGGAAAAUAAUAGUGCUUAUCUAAAUAGGCCGCUGCACGAUACAUCCAGCCUCGCCUCGAGUCCUCUUCUCGGCGUGUCUCUCUUGUUUUGUGACUACCUUCGAGCAUUCAUUCAUAUCCCUCUGCCUCUUUCUCUUUUUCUUUUGUCUGUGUCUCUUCUUGUCUGUCUCGAAGAACCGAAUUCCGCCGGAUAAUUCUGGCAAAUAGGGCCCAAUCUCUUUCUUUCUCUCUUUCUCUCUCCUCUCUCUCUCUUUCAUUCUUUUUAUCUAUCUAUCUGUAUAUCUCUCUCUCUCGACUGCUCGAGACGAACCGCGGGGGCUCAGAGCGUUGGGAAUCGUCGUCCGACAGAGAAUCCCGUCCCCACUUUCUCUCGUUCGAGUGAAAAAGAAGAAAUAAGAGAAAUAAGUAAGAGAAAAAGUUGUCUAGCAGAACGUACGAUAAGGAAGGAAAUUAAUGGUGUAACCGCGAACUAUAUAUAUAAGACGGUUCGUUACCAAUGUUCUUUGCCGAGCGUCGAGUGUGAUCGAGCGGCGAAUGAAUAUUAUACGCGACGAUGACGUACGACGAUGUCGUUACGGACGGAGAGACGGAGGAGCAUUCUCGCUCUCGAUAUUGUAAUGUAAGUUAUUUAAUUUUACUCAACUCGCGCGCGCGCGCGCGAUUCUCUUUUAUUUAUGAAUCUUGUAACUUAAAAAGACGAGGACGUCCCUGUGCCCGGGGAGGCUGCGAGCGCGCCUUCCCCUAAUAAACGCGUCGACCAAAAUUCGUUGUCGAUCGGCAUUCCAGGCAAUCGCCACCGCGUGAGUUCUCGUGAUGAUCCCAGAAUGAUGGAGACAAUCCCGAUAGGCUUAAAUUCCGACGCUAUUUUUCUCGUUCUCUCGCGAGAUGUAUUUUCCUCUCAUAUAUAGCGUCGGAAUAUUCGACGGAAUUCACGUCGGUCUCGAUUUCCGCUGGUUCGUCACGUUUCAUUUUCCCGCGAGGGGGGGAAUAUCCUCCGUCUGGAAUGUACUUAAAUCGUCGGAUCUCGUUA